AUGGAGUCGGAUAACAGCACCGGUUUCACCUACCUCGGCCGCAAUUUCAGCAACUUAACCGUGAACGACCACUCCUCCGCCUUUAGCGACUGCAACUCCGACAGAUCCGGCGAGUUCACCUCCGCUUCCUCCGAGAGCCGCCGCCUCCUCCUCUCAUGCGCCUCCGAUAACUCCGACGACCUCAUCCGCCACCUCGUCGCCCACCUCGACUCCUCCUGCUCCGUCGACGAGCAGAAGCAAGCCGCCAUGGAGAUCCACCUCUUGUCCAAGAACAAACCCGAGAAUCGGAUCAAAAUCGCUAGAGCCGGAGCCGUGAAACCUCUCAUCGCGUUGAUCUCGUCGUCUGAUCUUCAGCUCCAGAGUUUUGAUUUUUCGGCCAAUAACAACGCGCCACGUCGCUUAGAACAGAGCCCAAGCACUGAUCCUAUUUAA